GUCGUGUAUUUCCACAGCGUUCAUCUCUCCCUCCCCAUCAGCUCCGCCGUAACCAUCCUCACGGCCCUGCUGCCCAUUCUCUCCUUUCUCAACUCCUUCAUACACCCCAGCCUCCUCCACUCCGCCCGCAGCUCAUCAAACCCCUUCAUUCGCCUCAGCCCAACCGUCCUGCAGGCUUUCCAGGGCCUUGUCACCACCGUUCUCGCAACACUGCUCUUCGAAAGAGUGGUGCCUUCGGACACGGUGGAAUGCCUCAUCAACAAUCAAUGGCAGGGCUUGUGGCGCGGCAGAAAUGGGGAGGCCAUUCGCUUGAUUCAAGAUACGCUCAACUGCUGCGGCUUAAACUCCCUCGUGGACAGGGCCUAUCCCAUCUCCGAGCCAAAGACGUGCGCGAAAAUGUUUGGGCGCAAUCAGGUGUGCAGAGGGCCUUGGAAAUCAGCCCUCAGGGGCAGUGCAGGAGCAGAUUUUGGGAUUGUCAUUGUCGUGGGAGUAUUGCAGGCUCUGAGCUUGCUCAUGACUAGAGAAGGCACCAACUGGUGGACUGCAUGGCGCUCCGUCAGCUGGCAUCGACAGCAGCAGGUCAAUCGCCGGGAGAGCCGUCCACUGCUGGCAGGCAUUCCAGACGCAGACGCAGAUGUAGACGAGGUCGUCGAGCAGCAAGAGGACUCUACCCGUCCGCGAGGAUAUCAGAGCCUGACCAACAACACCGAUGAGGAAAACAGGCCCAGAGUUGAGCCGUCUGCCAUUCGUAAUCGU